AUAUUCCUGACACCUGUCAAAUGAUUCUAAAUCGUAUUUGACAAUUCGGUAAUAUUUUAAUUUUUUAGAUACGUGUAAAUUUAUAGUUUAUAUUUUCAAAAUAUAAAUGAUGUUUGUUACAAUAUGUUAUGAAACGCACGCAUAUUUUUAUUACCUUUUGUAAAUAAUGUAUAAACCAUAAGUAAACUUUUCAUUUAUACAUAGUUUAGUUUAUAUUAUUUAAGUGAAAUCAUGGAGGAAACAUCUGUGUUACUAGGAUUAGUAUUUGUUAUGUUGAUUGGAUCUUUCAUAGCAGGAUCUAUACCAUUAUUCUUCACAUUUUCGGAGGACAAAUUAAAAAAAAUUACAGUAUUUGGGGCAGGUCUGCUAGUGGGAACUGCUUUAGCCGUUAUUAUUCCUGAGGGAGUAAGAUCAUUAGUUUCAGAAAAUCCCCAUUAUCACAGUUCUCAAGAACCUGAAACAGAUCAUAAAGAUCCUCUUUCCGUUAUUGGCAUAAGUCUUGUAUUCGGCUUUAUUUUUAUGCUGUUAGUGGAUCAGAUAUCCCAGAGUAAAAAUGAAAAUCUGAAUCCAUCUGAACGAAAUAGUACAGCAACAAUAGGUUUAGUGGUUCAUGCAGCUGCUGAUGGGGUUGCACUCGGUGCCGCAGCUACAACUAGUCAUGCAGAUGUUGAAAUAAUUGUGUUUUUAGCUAUUAUGUUGCACAAAGCACCAGCAGCCUUUGGACUCGUUAGUUUUCUUUUACACGAAGGCAUGGAAAGGCAAAGGAUACGUAAACACUUGCUGAUAUUUUCAUUAUCCGCUCCUGUCCUAACGUGUGUUACUUACUUUGGAAUAGGACAAAAACAAAAAGAAACACUGAGUUCUUUGAAUGGAACAGGUAUAGCCAUGCUGUUUUCAGCAGGAACUUUUUUAUAUGUAGCUACUGUUCACGUUUUAGCAGACAUAACUCAGGGUCACGGUCACGGUUACGAUAAGCUGCCUCAAAUAGAAAAUUCGAAAUUAUCAUCUGUAGGUCCACGGUUGAGAGUUAUCGAAUUAUUAUUUCUAAUUGCAGGAUGUCUGUUUCCAAUAUUAUUAUCAAUUGGUCAUCACCAUUAAAAACUUUUUUUUACGUACAAUAUAUUAUAUUCCACGACUUUGUAUAGUUUUCAUGACAAGGAAAUUGUCACUGUAUAUCCAAUUAUUUAUAAUAUGUUUUUAAUAAAUAGUAAAAACAA